AUGUCUAUCAAGAAUGUUGCCGUUGCAGGAAGCAAGGGCGCCCUCGGUGUCCCUAUUAUCACGGAGCUCGUCAGCGGCUUUACCGUCACCGUUCUAACGCGCGAGGGCAGUACCGCCAUGCCGCCUGCGGGUGUCGCCGCCGUUAAGCCCGUCGACUAUAAGUCGGUCGAGUCAUUGUCCAAGGCUAUUACCGGCCAGGACGCUAUCGUCUCCGUGCUAGGCUCUCGCGUUAUUAGUGAACAGGUGCCGCUCGUUGAGGCCGCCGCGGCGCCCGAGAGUACGGUGCGCCGCUUUAUCCCGUCCGAGUUUGGUAUCAACACGCGUCAGACGCGGGGCCAACCUAUCGGUGUUAUCCUAGACGGUUAUAUUAAGACCGCGGACUUGAUAAAGGAAAAGUCCAAGGGUUUGGAGCGCGGCGUGUUUAGUAUUGACGUCGACAAACGUACCGCUACUAUUUACGACUCGGGUAACGAGCGUUUCCAGGCCACUAACCUACCCUUUGUCGCCAAGGCCGUCGCCGCCACGCUUAAACAAGCUGGUGGUAACCCGGCCUACGACAAGACCGCGAACCAACACUUGGAAAUCGCGUCCUUUACCCCGGCACAAAACGAGCUCCUGGCCGCCGUCCAAGAGCUAACGACGGGCGGCGCCGACGACUGGACCAUCACGCGCGUCGACUCGGUCGAGGCCCAGAAGACGGGCGCCGAGAAGCUGAGAAACGGCGACCGCUCGGCGAUGAUAGACCUGCUGGGCGUGUGGCAGUUUGCUGACGGCGCCGGCCACGCGCCCGACACCAACAGCCCCACGUUUGGCAACACGGUGCUGGGGUUGCCGCUGGAGGACUUCAAGGUGGCGUUGGCGGCCCUUCUUAAGAAGUGA